UCACAAGCAGACGUGAGCUACGACUACUGAAAGUCAGAUGACCGAUUUCAGGAGGAGCACCUGAAGGCAGCAGGCGCGAGAGGGGCGAGAAAGUCGCGCGUGAGUGUGCGCGUGCGCGGGCCCCGACGCAGCAGCCCUGCCUAUUCUUCCCGCUGACGUCCCUCUGCCUCCCUCUUUCUCUUGUCACUGUGUUUUUCGGGAGGAGGAGGAGGAGGAGAAGAAGAAGGAGGAAUCCCGGUUUCUGUCGUUUUUUUCUUCACAGAAAACAAACGUUUCCGACGCACCGGGGACAUUUUCUUCGGAUCCCUUCCGCUGCUCGUCCGACGCCGGUUACUUUUCGUCCACCGCUGAAGGCACUUCAGCACAGACCGAAUGAGAGGAGCGAAGGGCGGACUUGACUGGGAGGAAGGACCGGAGACUUGACUGGGAGGCUGCACAUCCGCCGCUUUCUUUAAUUCAACCGCAGUUCACCGUUUAUUUUAACCCCACAUGCUCACUUCCUACGUGUGUCCGUGUCUUUGACGGUGUCCGAUGGUUCCUGCUUCUGUUUCCGUGACCGUUUCUUCGUUGGGAGACACGUAUUUUUUUUUUCUUCCUGACGUUUGUCACCCAGAAAAAAAUCACAUUAGCUAGCUAACAGGAAAACAGAAACUCCCCCCUUUUUCUCAACUCGCGGUGGUCGCAGGGACUCCACAGAAACCACGGCGGUGUUUUUCUCUUUUUAACCCGGCUUAGCUGCCUCAAUGUUUGCGCUUUCUUUCAUUUCAUACCAGAAGACGAUGCAGCUGAAAGUCAAGCAGUGGCCACCGGGAUUGUUUUAUUAACGACCCCAGCCGGUGUCAACCGAAAUGGUACGAUAGCGUCUGAGAAGGAUCGGGGGAAAGUGAAGUGGGGAGGGGGGGUAUCAGUCAGUCUGGACUGUGUUUUUUUUCCCCUUCAGAUGAGGCUGUUUUGGUACCAGGCAGCCAUGAGGUGGAUGUAGCUAACCCGUUUGUUUUUUGUUUUUUUAAACGUAUCAAUUUAAGCUGGAUCACUGUCUUGGUGAUCUGUGCUGCCUUCACGGACUGUGACAAUGAGGAUUGUAUGAAAAGUGGGGCUGUUUUUUUUGUUUUGUUUUUUUCCCUCCUGAUACACAAAGCCUGGUGUGACUGACAACCAAGCUAAUCUUGGGUGUUUUAUUUUUUUAAACCCAGUGUGAACACAAACCCACAGCCCACUUCUUUCUUCUCUCUUGGACGGCACUCAGGGACGAAAAUGUCUUUACGCACGGCACUGCCUGGGAACGAGCGGAACCCGGACCAUCAUACCUCUCUGUCGGCCAGCCGUUCAGAGAAGGGUACCGGCUGGUCGAGCCGCUCUCUGGGUGCCCGAUGUCGCAACUCCAUCGCCUUGUGUUCAGACGAGCAGCCGCAUAUUGGAAACUACCGCCUGCUCAAAACCAUUGGCAAGGGCAACUUUGCCAAAGUUAAACUGGCACGACACAUAUUGACCGGCAGAGAGGUUGCCAUAAAGAUCAUCGAUAAAACACAACUUAACCCGACCAGCUUACAGAAGCUGUUUCGAGAGGUACGCAUCAUGAAAACUCUUAACCAUCCAAACAUAGUGCAGUUGUUUGAGGUGAUUGAAACCGAGAAGACUCUUUACCUGAUUAUGGAGUACGCCAGCGGAGGCGAAGUGUUCGACUACCUCGUGGCUCACGGCAGAAUGAAGGAGAAAGAGGCCAGAGCCAAGUUCAGACAGAUUGUCUCAGCGGUGCACUACUGUCAUCAGAAGAACAUUGUUCACAGAGACUUGAAGGCUGAGAACUUGCUAUUAGACGCAGACUCCAACAUCAAAAUAGCUGACUUUGGCUUCAGUAACGAGUUCUCUGCGGGCAGUAAACUGGACACGUUCUGUGGCUCCCCGCCCUAUGCUGCCCCGGAGCUCUUCCAGGGGAAGAAGUAUGACGGUCCAGAGGUGGACAUCUGGAGCCUGGGCGUCAUCUUGUACACGUUGGUCAGCGGAUCCUUGCCCUUUGACGGACAGAACCUAAAGGAGCUGCGAGAGCGUGUUUUGAGGGGGAAAUAUCGUGUGCCCUUCUACAUGUCUACUGACUGCGAGGGAAUCCUGCGUCGCUUCCUGGUCCUCAACCCUGCCAAGCGCUGCUCGCUGGAGCAAAUAAUGAAAGAUAAGUGGAUUAAUGUUGGCUAUGACAGCGAUGAGCUGAAGCCCCACACGGAGCCGGAGGAGGACUUGAAUGAUACCAGCCGCAUUGACGUGAUGGUUGGGAUGGGCUUCACCAGAGAAGAGGUCAGAGACUCGCUUGUCAGUCAGAAGUACAAUGAGGUCACUGCCACAUACCUGCUGCUGGCUCGCAAGAAUGAGACGGAGGGCAAUGAGUCUCGGUCAGGCAGCAGUCUGAGUCUAGCUCGAGUCCGACCCGGUACCAUCACCAAUGGAACCAGCAAACACUCCACCUCCUCUUCCUCCUCUGGUGCACCUUCUUCCUCCUCUGCCCACAAGGCACAGCGCAGCGCCUCCACCUACCAACGCCAGAGACGACACUCUGACUUCUGCGGUCCAGCUGUUCCAGGAUCAACACAUCCCAAGAGGAGUCCCAGUGGUGUAGGAGAAGGGACGGGACUUAAGGAGGAGCGGCUGUCAAUCCGCAAGACGAGCACCAAUACUGCCGGCUCCCGUAGCAUCCCGACCCCCUCCAGCCCCAUGGUUAGCUCCGCUCACAAUCCAAAUAAGGCAGAAAUACCGGACCGGCGCAAGGAAGUGACAACCACAAAUAACAUCCCUGCAAGUGCCAUGACUCGGAGGAACACUUACGUGUGUACAGACCGAUCCAACACUGAUAGACACUCACUGCUGCAAAAUGGCAAGGAAAACAGUUCCUUAUCCCACCGCCUUCCCCCCGCCUCGCCCUCAACCCACAGCAUUGCUGGUGCCUCUGGAGCCUCCUCCUCAUCCUCCACACCCUCCUCCCGCCUCUCCAGGGGAUCCACAGUGAGGAGCACUUUUCACGGAGGGCAGAUUAGAGACCGCAGGCCUCCGUCACAUGCUCCUCCAGCUUCACCAACGCCGUCCCAUGAUUCGAGCCCACUGCCCCACGCGAGGACCCGGGCCACGACCAACCUGCUAAGCAAACUCACCUCCAAGUUGACUCGCAGGGUCACAGACGAACCUGAGAGAAUCAGCAGAUCUCCGGUCACAAGUCGCCAUCUAUCUGGGCAUCAGAAAGCGGCCGAGCCCCGGACCCCCCGAUGCGGCUGGGAUGUGAGGGUGCGGAGCCCCCGCGACCCAGCCGAGGUGGUGCUAGCACUGCGUGAGGCGGCGCAGGGCUGCGGCUGCCAGGUCCACCUGGCGGGGCCUUUCCUCCUGUCCUGCACCCACGGAGCAGCCGGCGCACGAGUGGCCUUCGAGGCCGAGGUCUGCCAGCUGCCCAGCGGGCUGGGCCAGAGCAGCGGCGUGAGGUUCAAGCGCCUGUGGGGGGCACCGUUAGCCUUUAGAGACAUCGCCACCAAAGUGUCCAAGGAGCUGGAGCUCUGAGGGCGACAGGAGGCGGGGCAGGUUGAUGACAGACAGGACAAGUUGAUGAAUGAGGAGGGAGGACGAGGACGAGGAACAAUGAGGCCUCCUCUUCUUCCUCCCUGGGCUCCACCUCAUCUGAUGCGGCUAGCGAUGCCUCGCCUCCGCCAAAGACCCUCUUCUUCUGAUGCCACCAAUCACAGCCAGACAAACGGAUGCACAGACACGGAUAGACCGCCAUCGGCAGACUUAUGAUGACCCUUGACCUUGGAGCUGUCAGUGACCUACAACCCUUGCUUAAACACACCACCACCUCCAUACUAUGUGAGCCCAUGGAGUCAACCAGUUUUUUUUGUUUUUUUUUCAUGAUAUGUUUGAACAUGAUGAGGAUGGUGUUGCUGAGAAUGAUGGAGAAUGGUAAUAUGUUGUUGUUUACUUUGUUAUUCCUAUUGUAUCAUAUUUGUCAUCAUUCCUUUUUAAAGAGCUGCUAUUUAAAGAAAUGUUUUAAUUUUUUCGUGUAUUAAGUUUAUUUUCUUUCUUUAAUGCUUUUAAAAUGGGCAGAAGUUUCUCGGAGGCAGACGUCCCAUAUUUAAGAAGUGAGAGCGCAGUCUGACCUCCGGCCUCUAGAGGGAGACAUGCAGUAAUGCAGAUACCUGUGACAGACUGAAUGACGCAUCACAGCCUUUCUGCCCAUCCAGUCAUGUGACCCACUUUACUGCUCAGUUGGGAUUCUUCUUAUGUUUGUUUGUACGUUUUGUUUCUCUGCCUGCUAUCCAUACUGAAUUCAGUACUUUGUAUUGAUAGCAGGCAUGUGAGCUGACGUGUAAAGCUGCCUAAGCAUACAAAACUAUGAUGAUAAUUUGAGCUGAUGCUCUGGCCCUUUAAAAUACUAAACAUUUCCACAGUUUUCUUGCCCUGCUACCUUUUAUUAACAGGCAGUUCUUUCAAGAAAUUUAAAAAAAGGAGAAUGUUUUGUGGGUUUAAAGGUUCAGUGUGUAGGAUUUAAAAGGAUCUAUUGACAGGAAUGUAAUGUAAAUUUCACAAUUAUAUGUAAAUUUGCACAUAAUCACCUGAAAAUAAUCUACAAAAAAAUCUACAGAGGGUGCGAGUCCACUGUGUGCACCUCCAUGUUUCUACAGUAGCCCAGAAUGGGCAAACCAAACACUAUCCUAAAUCUCACACACUGGACCUUUUAUAGUACAAAUGUAGGAUGAGGCAAAAAAGGGCCAUUUAACACAAUUUAACCAGAAUUUCUUCAGCACGUUUAGUUUGUUCAAAAAAGAAAAGCAGGUUUUUUUCCUCCAAUCAGAAUCCAUUAUUCUGAGAGCUCAUUUGACUACACCUGAAUUAAGUCAAUUUAACUAAGCAUCUACACCUUUCAGCACAUAUCUUGUGCUUUCAGAUAAUAUUAACACAUUUACAAAUUGUAAAAAAUUCUCCAAGACCAAUGCCGACAAAGACAAAAUACGAUGCUAGAAAGCGUUUACAUGUUGGCUGUUUUGGUCACUUGUUACAAACUGCUUUCAGCUUUGAAUCCCAGUGAGACGGUGUAUUUUUUAAAGGACGACCUUCAAGGUACAUGAUUACAGUAGCUCAUACCGGUUUAGAGUAAAUGGAGGUCAUUCUGGUAGCACUUUGACGUAACAGUAUCAUAGUCUGUCAGAACAUCAUCGCCAUCACUUUCCUCACAUGUAGUGCAAUACAGCCAAAAAGCCAAGAAUCAAGACUUAAAUAAGCAUUGAUUAAAACUUAAUAGGGCUCCUUGUUUUGUUUAUCGUUUCAUUUUUUUUAUAUUGCCGAUUUGUUUUUAAAAUACAUUGAGCACUUUUUUUUUUUUUUUUUGCUUUUUAGCCAGGUUUGCAUCGUGCUGUACUGGCAGUUUUUAAUUAAUCUGUAUUUUUUUUCUUUUUUCUUUUGUAAAUUCUCUUGUCUCACACAUUUAAAGCCACUGAAGUGAACAGAAGACAUCCUGAAUUUCUUUGUUUUACAUUGCCUACACCUCUUGGCAUCAUUCACUUCCUACUGUAAAGAAACCUGCCGGAGUGAUGACUUCAGGUUUACAGGUGGAGGUAGCGUUUGGUUUCACUGAUGCCCAAAAGUCACGUGGUACAAAUGAAAUGCCACAUUUUUACAAACUAAAUUCAAAUCAUGAUCUGUCUCCAUAAAGUUUUGUCAGAUUUAGUUUUCUUUUAUCUAAUGUUCUGGUGAUCAAAAAGGUCAAGAACAUAAAACUUGAAUGUGACAGCUCAGUCAUCUGAAUCAAAUGUUGGCAUUUUACUUUUUGGCAAAUCACGGAUGCGUUUAAAUUACCUGUACCUAUCAUACGUACCGUACCGUACAUUUACACAAUUCAGAAUACAUUCAUGGAAAAGUAGAACUUCUUGAGGAGACAUUUCCAGCCAUGAAUGUGAUGCAAAAAAAUUGUAUCUUUGCUAAGAAGUCGGGGCAUUUCCAUCCAUGUUUGUGGAGACAAAACUGGAUAUUUGGAUAAGAUUUAAGGAAAAAAAUGAGCAGAAAAAAAAAUCUAUAUCUAAAUUGAGCCUAAACAAAAUAUAAAGAUGCUUAAAGAAAUGUUGAGUUUCAAAAUAUCCGUGGUUUGCAGAAACCUGCAUUGCCAACAUUUAUUCUGGGGGCGGGGUUUAAUAGAAACUGUAGAAUUUGCCCUUUGUCGACUGUUGACCAAUCAGAUUCCGUUAUUACUUUUAGAGGUUUAUGACUGUUAACCUAUCAGACUCCUGUCUCGUCAUGUCAUGGUAUAAUUUCGAAGCAUGCGUCUGUGAAGUGAUGAGGCAGAAUGUAAAAUCAGAAUGUGACCUUCAGUGAUCUAUUGAAAAAUCAGACAAACACUCAACUAAUUUCAAAACAAAGCUGUCAAGAUUCAGACGCUGACGACUCCAAAAUCAAAAGGUUGUUGUACUUGUAUUGUAACUCUAUAAAGCCAAGCAAAUAUAACUUGUACUUCUGAAGUAUGCAGCAUCUAACACAACAGAUUUGUCAGAGGAGAAGUUACGGCAGGUUUGUGAUCUUUACGGCUGUAAGAUCUACUGGAAUUUGUCUGUUAAAUGGGAGAUUUCAGCCUCAGCAGGUAUCCACCACUGUCUGAAAAUGUGAAGCUGUGAUUUAGGGCUAGUUUUUUUGUUUGUGUGUGUGUGUGUGUGUGUGGGUGUGUGAGAACAACUGGGCCUCACUCUCUGAACCUGUUCUGUAGAUACAGUUAGGGCCAUGCUUUAAGGCUACAGUUCUGUUGUAUAGUGUGUUUGAAGCUGUCGCUGUUACCAACAUAACUUAACUUAUGGGCUGAAAUUACAGAAAUGAUCGACCUGCAAUCCUGCAUGUCUCCUAGGAAAUAAUGUGUGACACAAAAAUAAAGACUUUCACCCUCUUUCA